AUGCCCCACCACACGCCCACAGCGCAAGUGCCGGCGUCCCCAAUCGGCCAGUGGCAGCAGCAGAACCGGGGUCCACUUGGCACCUCAGGGGCUCUCGCCCUACGCUGUGGCGGCGGCCCCUGGCCAGGGCCCGGCCAACUCCCCGCUCUUGGAUGGCUGCAGGUGCCCAGUGGCCCAUCCCCAGCGGGGGCGAAACGCCGAGCUGGCCGAACCUUCCACACGUCCAGCUCGGAGUGCGUCUCAGUCGCGCGGCAGAGGCCCCUGGGCCCGGGCGCUCUGGGUUCCCGCGGCCUGUGGGCGCGGUGCACAAGGGCGCGGGCGGGCGGCGCCAGCUCCCAGGCGGAAGGCGCGGCGGGGCCACGGUCACCGCCGCCGCCGCCGGGGCUCGGGCGGAAGCGCGGGCUCCGGGGGGAGGGGCUGCCGCUCCCCGCCAAGGCCCAGGGAUCCCGGCCCCGAGCGGCUCCCGUCCGGGCAGCAGCGGAUCCCAGGCCGCCCUUACCCUCGCCGGGCAGGGAUGAGCCCUGCUCAGGUUCAGCCGCAACCCCGCGCGCGGCGGGGCGAGGCCGAAGCCCACGCAGGUCCGCCCGGUGUGCGUCUUUCACUCGCACACACGGAGCCCCUUGCCAGGCGCGCAGGCCCGGGCUACGAGGCCGGCUGCUCCGGCGUCUGCCACCUCCAGGACCCAGAGCCGCCAGCCCUGGGCUCCCGGCAAGCUGUGACUUCCCGGAUGGGGCCAUGCUUUUCUUCCAGGACAAUCGGGGCUCCUCCCCUCCCAGCGAUCUUUCUAGGAGGCCACCUCCAGAGAUUGCGAGGCGAUUUCCUCCCUGCCGGUACCAAACUGUAACUCCUCUCGCUACAGACGCCGAGAACCAAACGCUGACUAUUUGGCGAGGGACCACCACCACCCAGAAAAACACACGGUUCAGUGUGCGUGGAUUGUUUGCAUCAGCGAGUUCAUGGCGAAUAGAAGUUCUCUAUUUUUGAUAGCCCUGAUUUUCAAGCGUUUUAAAAGUUACGUUGUUCUGUUUUCUGCUUGGUCAACAACACGGAAAAUGGAAUAUUGCUUUUUUUGUGAUUCAAAAUCAAUUGUAGUUACAAUGACUUUGAGAAUUUCACGGCAUCUUGUGAGAUAAAAUGGAGAUGCGCACCUAGGUGAGAAUCACUGGAGUGGAUUACGUAGUGGCCGGCUGGAUCCGGCUAACAGUCUCUGAGGCUCAUUCCUUUUCGUUCUCAGCUCGCCCACUCUAGUAGGACUUUCAUCUUUAAAUUAUUUUUUAAUUAUCAUGAGGCUCUCAGUCUAAGAUAGCAAAGAUUGAGCGCCACAUUUAAGCAGUUCUCUCAAACUAGCUUUACCUUUUUAGGGAAGUAAUUCCUGGGCUAAUCAUUUCAGAUCUGAGAACAAAAGAAGUUGCUAAAAAAAAAAAAAAACUUUUAUUUACGCAGCAGAUACUUAUGGAUCGUCUACCUUGCACCAAAUACGCGCGCGCACACACACACACACAGUGAAUACUGUGGGCUAUACAAAUAAUAUAUAACAUCUGUUGAAUGAUUAAUAUGUGACAGGCAAUAUACUUGCUACUUAAAAAGGAUUCUAUCAUUUUACCCUCCCGGGGACAUAUGAAGUAGAGAUACUGUCAUCCCUGCUUUACCUAUGAGAAAAAUACGAGUCAUGAAGUAACUUACUCUAGGUCACCCAGUUAAUAAGUGGCAGGACAGGACAUUACACUUUACGCCCAGUCUGAUACAGAGACCUCAGCCCAACCUCUACACUGUGUCCUCCAGUCAGAUCUGGGAAUCUGUAUAUUUUGGAACCACCUUAGGUGAAUGUGAUAAAAGUAGAACUUGAGAAGCCUUGAUGUAAUCAAACUUCCUCAUUUUCCUGAUCAGAAAACAAACUCAAAGAAGCAAUUUUUCUGGAAACACACAAUUGCAGAAAGAGAUUCAGAGAGGCUGUUCUGGUUUCUUGGCUAAGGUCCUUUCUACUAUCCAGACUACAUUGGCUCAGUCCAGGAGGAGUCAAAGAAGAUUUGGAGCAUCCUCUGGCUCUAUUGCUAACUACCUGUGUGACCUUGAAGAAAUGCAUUAACCUCUGUAUCUAUGUUUCCUCAAAUUUAUAUGGGGCAAUCAUUCCUAUGAUUGCUUUGAAAAUUAAAUAUGGAAGUGUCAACAAAGCAUAUGGUGGAGGAUCUGGCGCUCAAAGAAUAUUACUUAUCUUCCUUAAGGAACUUAUAAGGACACUGCAGCCCAGAGAAGAAACCUGCAAAGGCCGUGUUCACACACUCACAAGAGAUAUGGCUGUGAUUUGGAUCCAGAUGUGAUGGGCUGACAACAAAACUCCUGUGAUACCAUGAAGUCUUCGGGAGGCAGAAUUGAAGUGAAGAUGAAGUUUAGCUUAGAGAAGAAAAGAAUAAAUACAUACAAAACAUUUGAUGGUGAAUAAACAGAAAAUGGUGUAUUCAACAGAAUUUGACUCAGCAAUAAAAAUGAACCAAACUAUGGAAAACAACACCCAACAACAGGAAGAAAUCUCAAAAUAAUUAUGGUGAGUGAAAGAGGCCAGACCAAAAAAAAAAAAAAAAAGACUAGAAAAUGUUAACUACCCAAUAGUGAUGAAAAACAAGCAGAUCAGUGAUUGCCUAGGGAGUGGAGGGAAGGGCACCCUGAAAAGAGGUAGGAAGGAAGGGAUGAUAAACAGGCAGAAGGAAACUUUUGAGGGUGGUGGAUAUAUUCACUACCUUGAUGGAGAUGCUUGCAAGGGUGUCAAAAUGCAUCACAUCGUAUGCUUUAAACAUGCACAGUUUAUCGUAUGUUAAUUAUAGUUCAAUGAAGCCAAAAAACAUAUUUGAAUUUAAAUAUGUUUAGUACAAUCCACAAAUCCUAUGAAGUAGACCAGUAUUAUUGUUCUACUAAUAACAGAUUGAAAAUUGUGUUUGGUAUACCUAUAAAACAGGUAAUUUUGACAAAUAGCCCCUUCAGCAUAUCUAAUGUAUACUCAAUAUGUCUUACGAAUUUCCAAGUAGAAAUUAUCCAUUAAGUAAUAACUUAGGUUCUAUUAAAACCUAAUUCAAUGGAAAAAACCUAUUACUAAAUUCUAGCUUAUUAAAAACCAGUUUGGCCAUAAGAGGUCACGAAUUCUAAAAACUAAUAAUACUUAAAUAUAUUACUUAAAAUUACUUAAGUAUUAAAUAAUACUUAAAUAUAUUUACAAUAAUAAUAGUAGUAGUAGAAGUAAUGCCAUUUCCUUAUUAAGUUUCCCAUUUUAAAAAAUACCUUAAAAACUCUGAAAUUUUUCUUCUGAAAUAAAUAAGAGGAUAGAUAGAAUUAUUCUCAUUUACCAGACAUUAACUUUUAAAUUGCCCGAAAAAUGCCUUUUCUACAACUUUUUUUUCAUAACUGCUUUGAUAACAAGAAUCACAAUCUGUUUGGAAGUUUGCUUUGCUCAGUGUCAUAAGUUGGUUUACAAUUCAAUCGAAUGCCCUGGUUUGUCACAGGAGCUCACCAAUAAGCAAAACAGCCAAGCCUUUUGAAGACUAAUUAGAAAAAGUACAAUAAAAUUAAUUCACACA